CUCCUCCUCCUCCACCACUACCACCAUCACCUCCUCGUCCUCCUCCUCCUCCUUCUCCUCGUCUCAGCUUGGUGCCUGGUCCUGGCGUGGCUGCCGAACGGUCCCGGUCGAUCCUUUCCGAACUAAAUGCCUCUGUGACCGAAUCUCUACCUUCGCCAUCUUAGCCCAGCUCAGUGCUGAAAUGAAUCCGGAAAAAGUGCUUGUCCCGUCGGUCACCUUAAUCGUUGGCUGUGGAGUGUCUUCCUUGACCCUCUUGCUCUUGAUUAUCAUUUACAUCUCAGUCUGGAGAUACAUCCGCUCCGAACGUUCCGUCAUCCUUAUCAACUUCUGCCUCUCCAUCAUAUCGUCCAACGCGCUCAUCUUGAUCGGCCAAACGCAGACCCGGAACAAGGUGAUAUGCACUUUGGUGGCUGCCUUCCUGCACUUUUUCUUCCUCUCCUCCUUCUGUUGGGUGUUGACCGAAGCUUGGCAGUCCUACAUGGCCGUGACGGGCAGGCUGCGGAACCGCAUCAUCCGUAAACGCUUCCUGUGUCUCGGAUGGGGGUUGCCUGCCUUGGUGGUUGCCAUCUCUGUGGGAUUCACGAAAGCUAAGGGCUACAGCACCAUGAACUACUGUUGGCUUUCCUUGGAAGGAGGUUUGCUCUAUGCCUUCGUGGGACCUGCCGCGGCUGUCGUUUUGGUGAACAUGGUUAUUGGUAUUCUGGUGUUUAACAAACUUGUAUCCAAAGAUGGAAUAACAGAUAAGAAACUGAAGGAACGGGCAGGUCAGAUGGCAGUGCCUCUUUACGGCAUCACGCUCAAAUGUACCAAGUGUGGAGUGGUUUCUUCCGCUGACGUUUCGGCCACAGCCACCAGUAACGCCAUGGCGUCCCUGUGGAGUUCCUGCGUUGUCCUCCCUCUCCUCGCCCUGACCUGGAUGUCAGCUGUGCUGGCCAUCACGGAUCGCCGGUCGGCCCUCUUCCAGAUCCUGUUUGCAGUUUUUGACUCCCUGGAGGGUUUUGUCAUUGUCAUGGUCCAUUGCAUCCUGAGAAGAGAGGUACAGGACGCUGUGAAAUGCCGUGUGGUGGACCGCCAGGAAGAAGGGAAUGGAGAUUCAGGGGGGUCGUUCCAGAAUGGACAUGCUCAGCUCAUGGUAGGAUAA